CGCCGGAGUGUCUAGACGGGCACAUGAUGGGCGGCAGCCAAUGAGUCCGGCGCGGCGGGCCGGCCGCGGCACAAAACCCAUGUAGCGGCGCGGGGCCGCCGCCCGCCGGGCCCCCCGGCCCGCACGCCGCCGGGCUCGCGCCGGGGCCGCCCGCCCGCAUGUUCCGGUCGAGACGCGCGGGGCUGGUGCGCAGGCUGUGGAGGAGCCGCGCCGCCGCGGGGCACAGCCCGGCCCCCGACGCCCGCGCCCGGCCGCCCGCGCCGCGCCGCCCGCUGCGGGGCCAGCACGGCGCCGGCCACGCGCAGGAGGACGACGAGGACGACGAGGAGGCGGAGGAGGCGGAGGCGGAGGCGGGCAGCGCCCGCGUGCGGGGCGGCCGCUGCCCCGCCGUGACCUGCUGCCUGUUCGCGGACAAGGCGGCGGGCGGCCCCGACGGCCCGGGCGCGGCGGCGGCGCUGCCGGAGCAGGAGCUGAAGGCGGCGGCGUGGGCGCUGCUGAAGCGGCUCAAGGAGCGGGCCCUGGCCGCGCUGCUGGAAGCCGUCGAGGCGCGCGGGGCGCUGGCCGGGCGCUGCGUGCUGGCCGCCCGCGCCGACCCGCGCCUGCCCCCGCACCUGCUGCUGGGCCGCCUCUUCCGCUGGCCCGACCUGCAGCUCCCCGCCGAGCUCAAGCCGCUCUGCCACUGCCACAGCUUCGGCCGGACCGACGGCCCCAGCGUCUGCUGCAACCCCUACCACUUCAGCCGCCUGUGCGGGCCAGAGUCUCCUCCACCUCCUUAUUCUCGGCUGUCUCCCAAUGAUGAGCAAAAGCCACUGGAUCUAUCGGAUUCCACGUUGUCUUACACUGAAACAGAGGCCACUAACUCACCAAACAUCACGCCUGGAGACUUCUCAGAUGCCAGUAUGUCACCCGACGCCAUGAAGCGGAGUCACUGGUGUAAUGUCGCCUACUGGGAACACCGGACUCGUGUUGGACGCCUCUACACAGUGUAUGAACAGUCCGUCAGUAUAUUUUAUGACCUACCUCAAGGAAAUGGCUUCUGCCUCGGACAGCUAAACCUGGAAAACAGGAGCGAGACUGUUAGAAGGACUCGAAGUAAAAUCGGCUACGGGAUUUUACUUAGCAAAGAGCCAGAUGGCGUGUGGGCCUACAAUCGCAGCGAGCACCCUAUCUUCGUCAACUCCCCAACACUGGACAUUCCCCAUUGUCGGACUUUAAUAGUGCGCAAAGUGAUGCCUGGCUAUUCGAUAAAGGUGUUCGACUACGAGAAGUCUUGCCUCUUACAACACGCCACGGACCUGGAUUAUGCAGAUGGGCCCUAUGACCCAAACAGCGUUCGGAUCAGCUUUGCAAAAGGCUGGGGGCCAUGUUACUCGAGACAGUUUAUCACGUCAUGUCCUUGCUGGCUGGAGAUACUACUCAGCAAUAACCGAUAACCAUUGGCCUCUGACAAAAAGGAAAAAAAAAAAAAAAAGAGAGAAAGAAAAACACAGACUAUCCCAAAUAUCAUCUACCUAGAUUUAAUAUAAAGUUUUAUAUAUUAUAUGAAAAUAUAUAUUAUACUUGUAAUUAUGGAGUCAUUUUUACAAUGUAAUUAUUUAUGUAUGGUGCAAUGUGUAUGUGGACAAAAAAAGGAAAAUGCACUUUGGCUUAUAUAAUUCUUUCAAUACAGAAUUUUUUUUUUUUUUUUUAAAGAAAAAUGAUACAGCAAAAAUGGGAGAGAACCCUAUUUUUGAUGUAUUUUUUUAAAACUAUUAUUAAUACCCAGACAAAAAGCUAAUACCGGUCACUCAUUGAUAAUAAAGUAUUCGCAUUAUA